GUAAAGCUCGCCGCAUGCGCGAAUAGUUUUCCGUGGGAUGGCGAGAUGACUCUGGGCGUGUACCCUCCCUCUUCACUAUACUUCCACCAUAAUCGCUGUUGUUGAGCUUUUGAAGUUAAAGCCCGGUAAUUCGUUGUAAAUCACUUUGUUCAGCACACUCAGUUCACCAUGUGCGCAACACACACCCAAACGGCGACAGAGAGCAAGCCAGACGUCUUUUCAAGUCAGCAGCAGAUUCGCGCAUCUGUCUUGCACGGCGCAAAAGAUCUGAGGAUUGAAUCACGCUCGAUCUUCCCUCCAGGUCCAACGGACCUCCAAGUCAGCAUCCGCUCCACUGGUCUCUGCGGCUCGGAUCUCCACUACUACAGGCACAACCGCAAUGGCGACAUCCUCGUACAAGAGCCGCUCUCACUCGGCCACGAGUCUGCAGGUGUAGUUGUCGGCGUUGGCUCAGAUGUCAAGAACUUCAGUGUUGGAGAUAAGGUAGCUCUGGAAGUCGGUCUGCCAUGCGAGACGUGCGAGAGGUGUAAAGAGGGGAGGUACAACAUUUGUAAGGGCAUGAGGUUCAGGAGCAGUGCAAAGAGCUUCCCGCACGCGCAGGGAACGCUGCAGGACAGGAUAAAUCACCCUGCGGCGUGGUGCCACAAGCUGCCUGAGGAUAUGUCACUUGACCUAGGUGCGCUUUUGGAGCCACUGAGCGUAGCGAUUCAAGCGGCGAAGAGGGCACAGCUGCAAGCGGGCGCAACUGUUCUAGUCUUCGGCGCAGGUGCUGUGGGUUUACUGGUCGCCGCAAUGGCGAAGAUCUCAGGUGCUGGCACAGUUGUGAUCGCAGACAUCGAUCAAGGGCGAGUCGAUUUCGCAGUCAAGAACAACUUCGCCGACCGAGCCUUCUCAGUACCGAUGAAGCGCGGCAGCACGAUCGAGGAGCAGCUUGAGAUUGCAAAGGAGACAGCUGCAGCGAUUGGAAAGACCCCAAGAGGAAGUGCUGGGGAGGUUGGUGAGGUCGAUGCCGUGUUCGAAUGCACUGGUGUACCCUCUUGUGUGCAGGCAUCGAUAUACGCUACACGGCCAGGAGGCAAGAUGCUGCUCAUCGGUAUGGGUACACCCAUCCAGACUUUGCCCAUCUCUGCUGCAGCACUUCGCGAAGUCGACAUUCUCGGCGUGUUCAGAUACGCAAACACAUACCCAACUGGUAUCGAGGUUGUGUCAAAGAAGGGGCCAGACUACCCAGACUUCUCGAAGCUUGUCACACACAGGUACAAGGGCCUCGAGGCAGCCGACGAAGCGUUCGAGAUGGCUGGCAAGACGAAGGAUGACAGUGGCAACCUGGUCAUCAAGGUUGUACUGGAGACUGGCGAAGAGAAGGCGAUUCUGUGAGCAUGUUGUAGUGGGUACACAUCUCUGGCGUU